UUUUAAAUUCUUAAAAUUUAUUAAAUUUUAAUUAAAAAAAACAUGCGUCUAACCAAUAUUUUAUUAAAAAAAGUUAAAAGCAAACGCAUCAUGGUCGUUGUUGAGAGUGUGGUUACCGGCCACAAAUUCAAUACCGUGCGUGAUCGUUUAGCGGAUAAAAUUGAAUUGGUGCGCUUUGAUCCUUAUAUUCAAAAGGAUUGUGUUUAUCGUGAGCGCAAGAGGAUUCGUAGUGCCUAAUUUAAUAGUCUUAUUAAGGCCACAUUAUGUUUAUUAGUUUAACUAAAUAUUUACGUGUUUUAAAAUAAAAAUUCUAGAAAAAAAGUA